GUGCAAAUCGAAGAUUGCUGAUAUCAGGCGUAUAAGAUCGCUUGCUGGUGGGACUACUCAACAAUCCAACCGAGUUCCCCAUGAGCUCCCAGUCCAGUGCUGCAGAUUUAAACCACUCGGGGACUCCUACGGUGCUCAAGGAGCUCACUAGCUCGGCACAUACGGAAACGUAUGGUGUCACGAAGGCACUGGAAAAACUCCUUCGUGUCGUCGCCCAGGAUGCGCUCACGUUCCCUCGCAACAUCCACUCUGCAUACACCGCUAUCUCAAUUGCCCGUUAUGCGCUCGACGAUAUCAAAGCCUUGAUCAAGAGUGUGGACAAAGACGAGUUUAGUCCCGUGACUUGGGACAAUUUCGUCAAGUACACCACGCUCAUCCCUAUACUCGAAAACUUCUGCCUCUCGUUUGAAAGGAUCUCGCACGCCGAAUCACAGGCGACUUUGACUUCUGGGACUAUCUCGGUCGCAGCGCUUUCUUUGCAUCUGGCCGAAUGGGAAACAAGGCGGAAGCUGCUGGGCGAUUUGCUUCGAGGAUUCCCGAAGGAUUUCGUCUCCGCCAAGGUGAGCUUUCCAUAA